GUCGCUAAAGACGUCGGCAAGGCAUUCGGCCUCCUCGCCGGCCUCGCCUCUGACCGAUUCUCCACUCCAGUCCUCCUCCUAAUCGGCUCAAUCGAAGGCCUCAUCGGCUACGGCGUCCAGUGGCUCGUCGUCAGCGGCAGGAUCAGUCCUCUACCUUACUGGCAGAUGUGCGUCUUCCUCUGCCUCAGCGGCAACAGCACGACCUGGAUGAACACCUCGGUGCUCGUCACCUGCAUCCGCAACUUCCGCCGCAACCGCGGGCCGGUCUCCUGGAUCUUGAAAGGAUUCGUCGGGUUGUCGACCGCAAUCUUCACAGAUCUCUGCUCUGCCUUCUUCUCCGACGAUCCGACGACUUUCCUCCUCAUGCUGGCCUUAGUCCCCUUCUUCGUCUGCCUCGCCGCCGUCUUCUUCCUCCGCGAAAUCCGGCCGGCCACUACUAUGGCGGAGGAGAAGGAAGAGGGGAAAUACUUCUCCGCAUUCAAUGUCGUCGCUGUGGCAGUCGUGUUCCUCCAACUGGCCUACGAUUUCACCCCCAAUCCGACCCGAGGACACUCCCUAGGGUUCGGAAUCACUCUCCUCGUCCUCCUCGCGUCGCCGCUAGCCGUACCGGUCCACAAAUUGGUCAACGGAUUGAGAAUCACCGCGGCCGAAGCCAAAAUUGAGCGGGUGUAG